AUGGAAGGUAAGCCAAAACCCAGCUCUGAAGAAGUCGCCGCACUCGUCAUUGACAAUGGCUCCGGUAUGUGCAAAGCUGGCUUUGCUGGCGAUGAUGCGCCCCGAGCAGUAUUCCCCUCCAUCGUCGGGAGACCUCGUCACCAUGGUAUCAUGAUUGGUAUGGGUCAGAAAGACUCGUACGUCGGCGAUGAGGCUCAAUCCAAGCGUGGUAUCUUGACCCUGCGAUACCCCAUCGAGCACGGUGUCGUGACCAACUGGGACGACAUGGAAAAGAUUUGGCACCACACUUUCUACAAUGAACUUCGUGUCGCCCCCGAGGAGCACCCUGUGCUUUUGACCGAAGCCCCCAUCAACCCCAAGUCCAACAGGGAAAAGAUGACACAGAUCGUCUUCGAGACUUUCAACGCCCCUGCCUUCUACGUCUCCAUCCAGGCUGUACUUUCUCUGUAUGCCUCCGGUCGCACAACUGGUAUUGUGCUGGACUCCGGCGACGGUGUUACCCACGUGGUCCCCAUCUACGAAGGUUUCGCCCUUCCUCAUGCCAUCUCCCGUGUUGAUAUGGCCGGUCGUGAUUUGACCGAUUACCUGAUGAAGAUCUUGGCUGAGCGCGGUUACACCUUCUCAACCACUGCUGAACGAGAAAUCGUCCGAGAUAUCAAGGAGAAGCUGUGCUACGUUGCCCUCGACUUCGAGCAAGAAAUCCAAACCGCGUCCCAGAGCUCCAGCUUGGAGAAGUCUUACGAGCUUCCCGACGGCCAGGUCAUCACCAUCGGCAACGAGCGAUUCCGAGCUCCUGAGGCGCUUUUCCAGCCAAGCGUUCUUGGUCUCGAAUCCGGCGGUAUCCACGUUACCACCUUCAACUCCAUCAUGAAAUGCGACGUGGAUGUUCGAAAGGAUUUGUACGGCAACAUCGUCAUGUCUGGCGGUACUACCAUGUAUCCCGGUAUCUCGGACCGCAUGCAGAAGGAAAUCACUGCCCUCGCUCCCUCGUCGAUGAAGGUCAAGAUCAUUGCUCCUCCUGAGCGUAAAUACUCUGUUUGGAUUGGUGGUUCCAUCCUGGCAUCCCUGUCCACAUUCCAGCAAAUGUGGAUUUCGAAGCAAGAGUACGACGAGAGCGGUCCUUCGAUCGUGCACCGCAAGUGCUUCUAA